CCCCCUUUUCAUUUCUCAUCCUCUCUCACACCUUUCAAAACAACCAACCUUACUUGUCACAUUUACCUACGACUUCCUUUGUCUCUCUUACCCUCUCUCACACGCUCCUCUUCUCUUUUACUACAAUCCAAGAACCUCUCCUUAUUUUACUUCCACCCUUCUCAUAAGUAACUUAGACACACACAAAAAAUGCACCAAUACACAUCACAAAAAUGCUACUUUACUUUCUCACCUCUACAGAUCUGAAACUCCUUGGAUCUUCGAAAGAACUCGUUUUGAUUUCUGGGUUUUGAUAUUUGGCCUAUUGGGUCAUUGAAAAACCAUUCUUUUAAGGAUUUUUUUGAAGAAGAAAAAUGGGGUCUAGUAGUAGUAAAGGUGCUUCUUCUUGUAGUUCAUCUUCUUCUUCUUGUAGUUUACGGAAGAAUCGAUCCAAGAGGCUUAGAGGUUUUCCUUCUUAUUGUCUUGGAACAACUUCUGGAUCUCGUGACAGUGAUAAUGAUGAACGGGUUUGUGAUCAGAGUAAAGUAAAUGGAAGUGAUGUUACAUAUACCAGCAGCAAUGAAAUUGACUCAGAUGAAUCGAAAUCGGAGUCUUUUAGAAAAGUUAAACCGGAUGAAAUACCUUGUAUGCCUUCUAACAUUGAUCUUGAUGAGUGGAGUCGCACUGAAUCCAGAACCGCGAGCAUCUCGGCUCACGGUUCUUCAACUCAGUCUACAAAUUCUGCGAGUCGGUUCCUUUCUCGGUUUAGCCUCAUUCCGGGUAAUAUAAGCUUCAGACUCAGCAGAACCACGAGCUUAGGGUCAUCUCGACCUUGUCCUGAUUCUUCGGCAAGUCUUUCUAUGUUUAACAAUGAUGAAGACGAGCUUAGUCUGCAUAAUAGAAAUGAAACUCAACAAUAUAGUGGCAGCGACUUGCUUAACGGGUCUUUUGUAAAUCCAGUCCCUAUACAGCAUCACGGAGAUGCUUCUAAUAAUUCAAGUUCGAAUGUCCCGAUAUUCGGUUUGGGUAGCAACUUAUCGAGCAGUCCUACGUUGUCUCCUCUCGAAGAUACGGUUAGAGAUGGAUAUGACCCACGAGAGAUGUCUGGUAUGAACAUGUUUUCUCCGAGAGUUAAUACCGAGGCAGGAAAUGUUACGGAUAGACGGAAUGGAGCUCGUGAACCUGUUGACCGCAAUGUUCGUUUCAGCCGAACUUUAAGCGUUGGGAGGCUUCGUGACAGAGUGCACCGCCGAUCAGGAUUGGCUGACUUCACCUUUUGCCCUCUGCAACAAGAGAGAGAUGCUAGCGAGGAUAGUGGAAGACAAGUAGGGGAGAGGGGUGCAGGAGUGUCACCAUCUGAUCGAAACGCUUUAAAUUCUCUUACUGCAUCCGGUUAUCCUCUGCCUAAUAGGUCUAGCUCUCCAUUCAGAACCCAAGACCACGAGGUUGAGGCUUCACGGUCAAGAGAAACUAGGUAUCAGGAUCUACUAGAACAUAGGUCCAAUUUCCUCGAACGGAGAAGAAGAAUACGAUCUCAGGUUCGUGCUCUUCAGAGGUUGGGUAGCCGGUUUGAAAAUCUUUCUGGACAUGACAGAUCAUGUAUCUUGUCUGGUCAACAUAGAAACGGUCGUUGUACAUGCAGAAUAAAUAGUCGCGAUAACAAUUCAAAUUCAAACGAUGAUACAAAUGCUAGAGCUAGCAUAUCAAGAAUAGUGAUGUUAGCUGAAGCCUUAUUCGAGGUUCUGGAUGAAAUUCACCAGCAAUCAGUGGUUUUAUCUUCCCGCCCUUCUGUAUCUUCUAUCGGAUCUGUUCCCGCGCCUGCUGAAGUUGUCGAAUCCUUACCUGUUAAACUAUACACAAAGCCACACAAACAUCAAGAAGAACCUGUACAAUGCUAUAUAUGUCUUGUGGAGUAUGAAGAUGGUGACAGCAUGCGAGUACUUCCUUGCCAUCAUGAAUUUCAUACGACAUGUAUAGACAAGUGGCUGAAGGAGAUUCACAGGGUAUGUCCACUAUGUCGAGGAGAUAUUUGUAUAUCAGAUUCACUCCCAACAGAAAACUAAACUUGCAAAUUGUUUAUCAGCUGCAUAUACACUUGUGUAACUCUAUGAGUAUAUAUCAGAAGCAUCUCAACUCAACCUUGUAUUAUCAUUGUUGUCAAUGAUUAUUUGAUACAAUUUUCUCAAUAAUAAAUAUCAAACAUUGGUUGAAAUAUAAUUCAAACGAGUUCUGGCUCUCUCUUUUUCUAUCUAUCUAUCUAUCCUCUUCACACAGUCAGAGGAUUCGUGACCGUCACUUCUCAAUCUGACGGUUACGAAUCUUUUGACUGCACGCAAUCCACGUUGUCACUUACAUGUUGCACUAAAAAAGUUACCAUGAUGAGUAUGAGACAUUCUUUUGGUUUGUCCAGAUUUGUGAAACUUAUAUGAUUCCGCUGAAGGUGGGGGGAAAUUGAUGGCUUUAAACAAAGCAUCUUUGACUGAAGUGUUUCCCUUUAAACUGGACAAAAGUGGUUGAAAAAAAGGAACGGUUAUGCACGCUUGUAACAUUCUUUUCACUUUUCAGAGGAAAAAAAGGUAAAGGGAAAGAAACAUGAGAAGUGUAGUUUGAGAAUAUAAGGAAGCUGUCUAGUUUAUUGGAAGAGUCGUAAUUUCUUAGUGUCUCCUUAAAAGAACAAGUUUGUACAACCUGCUAUGCUUUUUUGUUGUCUGGUUAAAGUUGAUCUCAAACACAAAUUUUUGAAUCAACUAGUGUUGAUGUGAAUGAUAAAGUAUCCAUUUUUGAACACAACACAAAUGCAUAUGAACAGAAC